AUGCUGGCCCAGUCACCCUAUCCACCGGUAGAUAUACCAAAUGUGGAUCUAUGGUCUUUGUUGUUUGAAAAUAAGAAAAGGAUUUUCCCUGACGAUAAAGUGAUAUUCCAAGAUGCCGACACUCUCCGCUCCUACACCUAUUCCCGAGUCAAAAGCAUUGCUCUUGAUUUCGGUAAAGGCCUGAAAGCUACUUGGGAUUGGCAAAAGGGUGACGUCUUGGCCCUUCUUUCCCCAAACGACAUUGACAUUCCCCCGGUAAUUUGGGGAACUCACUGGGCCGGCGGAGCCGUUACCCCCGUAAACCCAACAUAUACCGCCGAAGAAUUGGCUCUCCAGCUUAAGGGGACAAAAGCCAGGGUGCUUGUCACCCAGUUAAACCUCCUGCCAACUGCUAUCGCUGCUGCCAAGUUGGCCGGCAUCCUCGAUGACCGUAUUGUCCUGCUUGGCGAUAGGAGGGAUUCAACUGCCAAGUUUAAGCAUUUCACUUCUAUACAGAAUAUUUCCCGCGCAACGAGGUAUCGCAAAACGCGUGUCGAUCCAGCGAAGGACCUGGCGUUUUUAUCCUUCAGUUCGGGAACGACAGGCGAACCGAAAGGGGUUAUGCUCUCUCACAGAAAUAUUGUUUCAAAUAUUAUACAGCUUACCGCUGGAGAAGAGGACCAUUUAAGUUGUACUGGCGGGAAGGAUGGGAAUGGCGACAAAGUAUUGGCGUUUUUGCCAUUCUUCCACAUAUAUGGCCUUACCUGCCUCGUCCAUAAAUCCAUGUACACCGGUAUCCAGCUGGUUGUCAUGUCUAAGUUCGAUAUCGAAAAAUGGUGCGCCCAUGUCCAAAACUUUGGCAUUACCUUCUCCUAUAUUGUUCCUCCUGUUGCAGUCCUCCUUGCCAAACACCCUAUAGUUGAAGAGUAUGACCUGUCUUCCUUGCGCUUGAUGAAUUCUGGUGCCGCGCCGCUCAGUCGCGAGCUCGUCGACGCUGUGUAUGCCCGCAUUAAGACUGGCGUCAAACAGGGCUACGGCCUCAGCGAAACAAGCCCGACAACACAUACGCAAGCGUGGGGGGAUUGGAAUAAAUUCAUUGGUUCCGUCGGCCGUCUGCUGCCCAACCAGGAAAUCAAGUAUAUGACCUCCCCCGACGACGGAAGUGAACCUGUUGAACUCUACGUCGGCCAAACUGGGGAGAUCUAUGUGCGCGGCCCCAACGUAUUCCUUGGUUACCUCAAUAACCCAGAGGCAACUGCAGCAUGUCUUUCUCAGGAUGGCUGGUUCCGCACUGGCGAUGUCGGGCAUCAGGAUGAGCAUGGAAACCUGUACAUCACUGAUCGUGUCAAGGAGCUUAUUAAGUACAAGGGUUUCCAGGUGGCACCCGCUGAGCUUGAGGGUGUCCUAGUCGAGAACGAGGUGAUUGUUGACGUUGCUGUCAUAGGUGUUGAGAGCGAGGUACAUGGCUCUGAGGUACCCCGCGCCUACGUUGUGUUAAGCGGUAAGAAGGUAGAGGACGGGACUGCUGCAGACGCCGAGCAGAUUGUGCAGUGGCUUUCCGGGAAGGUUGCGCCACACAAACGGCUUCGAGGAGGAGUGAGGUUCGUUGAUGAAAUCCCGAAGAGUGCCAGUGGGAAGAUUCUGAGACGGGUGUUGAAGGAUCGGGCACGGAAGGAGGAUACUGUUGAACGGGCUAAAGCGAAGCUGUAG